UCACCCAAUAAUCCAAGGACCAAACCCUAAAUUUUCGACAAAUUAUAGGGGCAUUUCCGGAACCCCAACUUCCUCAAGUAUAUUAUUUUCCAGACAAUCUCACUACCCCAACACAUGGCCCUUGCAGAGGAGGAGAGUCUCCAUGGAAAAAGAAGAGAGAGAGAAGAGUAACCCCACCUCUCUCCACCACCACAAAGAGGCGGCGCCACCUCUCAAAAAGGAAGGACAGGCGGAGCCACCUCUCAGAAAAGAAGUAAAAGGAGAAGAAGAAAAAGGUCUAGAAGAAGAUGAAGAGGAGGAGGAAGAAGAGGAAGAGGAGGAGGAGGAGAACCAUAGCCUGAGUUUCAGCUCAAAUGACAUAAAUUACAGCACCACAAGCUCCGCCACCACCACCACCGCCACAAGCAGCAUAGACACCGCCCCCUCGAAGCCCCACCGCUUUGCCCACGACCCCGUCUGGUCUGCAAUCCGCUCCACACACAGCCGCCUCUCUCUGGAGGAUUUUCGACUGGUGCACCGCCUUGGCAGCGGAGACAUAGGCUGUGUGUACUUGGCUCAGUUGAAAAAUAAGGAAGGGAAUGGGCCUUUUCUUGCUAUGAAGGUGAUGGAUAAGAAGGAAUUAGUUAGUAGGAAUAAGAUGGUUAGAGCGAGAACAGAGAGAGAGAUAUUGGAGAUUUUGGAUCACCCUUUUCUUCCUACCCUGUAUGCGCAUUUGGAGUGCGAGAGAUGGUCGUGUUUGGUUACUGAGUUUUGUCCUGGUGGAGAUCUUCAUGUUUUGAGGCAGAGGCAGCCCGGGAAGAGAUUUGCAGAGCCGGCCGCGAGGUUUUAUGCGGCUGAAGUGGUAGUAGCCUUCGAAUACCUACACAUGAUGGGGAUCGUGUACCGCGAUCUAAAGCCCGAAAACGUUUUAGUGAGAGAAGAUGGCCACAUUUGCCUAACCGAUUUCGACCUCUCUCUAAAAUCCGACCACCCAACCGCCACCUCCCUCCUCCUCCCCCACCAGAUCACCGCCUCCGCCUCCUCAAAUUUCGGUGAUAACAGCGCCGAAAUUUCGUCAUCUUCGUGCAUCCUCCCCAACUGCAUAGUGCCCGCCGUCUCGUGCUUCCACCUGAGGAGACGCCGAAAAAAGCGAAAUCCCGCGAAACUUCCUGAAUUUUUGGCCGAGCCCCUGGAGGCGAGAUCCAUGUCAUUCGUUGGGACCCACGAGUACCUCGCCCCGGAGAUCAUCUCCGGCGACGGCCACGGCAACGCCGUCGAUUGGUGGACACUCGGCGUCUUCCUAUUCGAGCUCCUCUUCGGUAGGACCCCUUUCAAGGGGGUGGGGCAUGACGCCACCCUGGCGAACAUUGUGGCACGUGCGCUGGAGUUCCCCUCAGAUCCCGCCACGUCGGCGGCAGCGAGGGACCUGAUCGGCGGGCUCCUGGCCAAGGACCCCACGAGGAGGGCGGGGUCCACCAAGGGGGCCACCCAGGUGAAGCAGCACCCGUUUUUUAACGGCGUCAACUGGGCAUUGUUGCGGUGCGCCUCGCCCCCGCACAUGCCGUUGCCGUUCGACCCGAGGCGUGAUGAGGGUGCGGAGGACGGUAAUGCAUCGCCCGUCGAGUAUUAUUAAAAAUUAUACCACGUGAGUUCCAAGUUUUGGGGCCAUGAACCAUGUCCAAGAAUUAGGGUUUUGACGCAGCGCCAAAAGGGGGCAAUUAGUUUGGCGGGGCCUAGAGUGGGCCAAGGUGGGCUCGGUUGGGGUGCGCACUGGCUCGAACCAUGUGGGCUCAUCAUCCCAUUCCAUUACACUAUAAAAAGUUGAAAUUAUUCUUUUUUGAAAGGUCAUAUUAAUGAUUUUCUUUCUUUUUAUUGAAAAGUGAUGUUAUUUAAUCAUUUUCCUUCUUUUCAUCGAAAGGUGAUGAUUGAUGAUUUUCUUGGUGAUCGGACGCAUGCUGGAUCGACGAGGUUGCAUGAUAUUUUCCCUCUUGUUUAUAAUUGUAAUUUUUUUUGGUAAUUUUAUUCCUACAAAUUACUAUCAGGUUGAAAGGUGGAUAUAUAUCUAAAUUUUAAAGUAAAAUAAAUGUUAUUGUUUAA